CAACAUUUCAAUGACGUGCUGAUGUCCCAGAAAGAUCCAUACCAUGUUUAAGGAUCGCAAUCCACGCAAUGACGACAGAGUAUUUGAAAUCUUCCCUAUCCUGAGCCAAGUCUUCUUUUUGGCAACACUAAGGACAUUACUCUGCUGAGGAUCACCAUUGGAGAAGGUUUACGAGACAUCUAUAGGAUGUACGAAGGACAUAGUUGCGUAGGAAUUUACGAAUUAAGGACUCCCGUACUUCUUCUGAGGGAUCCGAAAUUGAUUAAACACAUUAUAGUCAAGGACUAUGUACACUUUCAAGGGAGAGGAAUAGCUAUGAAUGAGAACGUGGAUCCACUUUGUGCUAAUCUGAUUAACCUGUGGGGUCCAAAAUGGCGGGUACUGCGUACGAAAUUGACACCAGCCUUCACGUCAGUCAAGAUUCGAAAUAUGUUUGAUCUUAUUGCAGAGUCAUCUCAGAAGUACAAGGAAUUCGUUUGUAAAUAUGCCGAUCAUGAGGAAAUCGUAGAAUUUCGUGAUUUAACGGCUAAAUUCACUACAGAAGUCAUUGCUACUUGCUGUUUUGGGCUAGAGACUAAUACAAUACAAGAUGAGGAUUCUGAGUUUCGAGCAGUUUGUAGAAAAGUACUUGAUCCUUCACUGAUUAUCGCUCUCAAGAGACUCGUCAGGAUGUACAUGCCUGGAAUUUUUGAAUGGCUGGAAAUGAGCCUCAAUCCUCCUGACGUUACAGCAUAUUUUAUGAAUGUGGUCAAAGACAUGAUCAAGUAUCGUGAGCACAGUAAUGUCUUCCGACACGAUUUUAUGCAACUACUUGUACAAAUUAAAAAUCAAAAACGUAUGAACGAUGAAGAUUUCAAAGAAGAGGAAGAGAAGCUGAUAGAUGACAAGGUUAUUGCUGCUCAGGCUUACAUAUUUUUUCUUGCUGGUUUCGAAACUUCUUCAACCACCAUGAGCUUCGCCAUGUACGAAUUAGCAUCCAAUCCAAAAAUUCAAGAAAAACUUUAUCAGGAAAUAGAAACAACAUUAAAAAAAUAUGGACGUCUCUCUUACGACGCUGUAUCAGAGAUGGAAUAUUUGGAUCGUGUGAUUCGGGAAACGCUGAGGAAGCAUCCGCCAGUUGGAAUGGUACCACGGAUGUGCAACAAAUCGUACAGAAUUCCAGGCACAGAAACAAUAAUAGAAACAGGCACAAAGGUUCUUGUACCAAUUUACGCCAUACAUCACGAUCCAAUUUAUUAUCCAGAACCGGAAGUGUUCGAUCCGGAUCGUUUCCUAGAAGAAAAUCGUAAAACCCGUGAAAGCUGCACGUUCCUGCCUUUUGGCGAAGGUCCACGAAUAUGUAUCGGAACCAGAUUCGCAUAUACGCAGACAAAAGCUGGUUUGGUCGCCUUAUUAUCCAGCUACAAAGUGCUACCAAGUUCCAAAAUGAAUUCGCCAAUUAAAUAUGAUCCGACUGCAAAUAUUCUCACAAGCAAGUCUGGGAUUUGGUUGAAAAUGUGUCAUCGCGCCAAGCGCGCAGAGAAUCUUCCUGAAGAUGAUUACGAUCUCCACAAUAAUGCUCGUCUUAUUCGAACUUAUUGCGCCUAAGCGUACAGUUCUUUAUCUUUAUAUACCUGAAUAAUGAUAUUUAUAUUUCAUAUUCAGAAAGUCUUAUAAGUCAAACCUAAUCACAUACGAUGAACAAGAUUCAUGAGUUGUUCAUAAUAAAUCAAAAAUGGACAUUCGCCUAGCACAUAAGUAUGCGCCAUGACUUAUACAUAAUUUUUUAAUGGCUUAAAUAGAAUAAAAGAUACAUUUUGUAAAUUGGCCCAUUGUUUCAAGUUUUAAAAAAUGCGUCUUACUAUAAAAUCACGAUGAAUCAUGAAAUCUAGAUUUUAAUAUAUACUACAGUCACGAACAGCUAUUUUAAGCUACCGAAUCCUAACUAAUGACCACGAAAACACGGCACUAAUCUCACACCACUGUGUUGUUAUGAAAUGGAGAUUUAUUAUUUCCUGUUGGACGGACAUUCUUAUUAAACCCAAUAGCUACGUAUAUUCAUCGGUAUUACGAAUUUUAGUAGGGACUAGAUCUAUACACUUUUGGAUAUUAAACGUCAUUUACUUUGACUCAUACGCAUUUGAUGAUAUCGAUUGCUUCAUGGAGUGUUAGAGUGGUUGGAGGGAUCCACUUCAUUAUCAAUAUUACGUCUAAAAAUAGCGCAUACUGUUGAAGUUUGUAUACAUUGACGCAACAUUAACAUGAAUAUUAUUACAGAUAAAAGAUAGGUAAUUCCAAGCAUAAAGCGUAGAAGGCAAAUUUAAAUUAGAUUCCCAGUCAUGAAAUCGCAUCGUACAAUCCUUGACCCCCUUUCUUGUAAUCAUCUUGACAUUAUCCGACAAUGACCACAACUAAAAAAAAUUAGCUGCUUGUGUCUUCGUAAUGCGUUAUCAGUAUAAGUACUUUAUGUAAACAAGAAUAUUUUUACUUGCUAGGUCGUGACGUUAUCAAAACUUUGAAUAAUUAUAUGUAAUGAUGUAACUUAAUCCUUUGGUGACUUUGAAUAACAUAACUAAUCGAUACACUUAUUAUAUAUACGUACACUGUUUUGAAACCUAACAAUCUAGACAAUCUGUAGUUUUACAUGCGGUCAAUAGCCAAUCUGUUUCAAUACCAGAUGGUUUUUUACAAUAAUAAGUAUCUGAUACCAAUAAUCGAAAGUUAAUCAUCAAUUAAAUAAUAACUAUCUAUAGUAACGCAGCAAUAGAUUGACUUAUCCAAGUUACCAAUCCCACAAAUACUUGCAGUAAGCAUGAACGCAAUGAUAAAAUGACAAUGUUCUAGCAUCCAUACAAAUUUCUUAGAUGUAAUAACACAAACAAA